GGCGGGUGGCCGCAGCACGCAAGGGAGAGGGGGAGCGGGGACGGACGUUCGGUUGGAGGCUGGGCGCGAAGCUGCCCCUCGCCUCCGCCCGCCUGGGGUCGCGGCUGCUGCUCCUCCCGCUCCCGGCGGCCGAGCCCUCCUCAGGGAGGCGGCCGGCGGGGUGUGCGGGGAGUAGCUGCCGUGCCGAUGCUGCUGCCGGCCUGGGAAAUGCUUUUCUACGGGCUCCUCACCGUGGGCUCUCACCUCUACGCUUUCUAUGAAGCGCACCAAGUGUCUCGAAAGUAUGAAGCUGCAAUGGACAGAAGAUUUGGUCUGGAACCUGGAACUCUCUUUCAAGGUCUCAAAAAGGACCCCAUGGACUUUGAGUGGAGCUACUGGAUCGAAUGGGGAAGGGAACGUAUACUGUGGCUUCUGGCUGGUCACCUGCUGGUAUCACAAGUGUCCAGGCUGUUGGUGGAGAAGUAUAAGCCGUGGUGCUUGAUGGUUUAUGGAAUGGCUGCCUGCUGGUUGUUAUUGGGAGUCAAGGGCUUUGCUGUCGUUUUGUUACAUGCAACUAUUUCGUUUGCUGUGGCUCAGUUUCAGCUGUCACUCCUGACAUGGCUGUGCUCCCUUAUCCUGCUAUCCACUUUACGCAUACCAGCUGUAGAAGAGGCCAAGAGAAAGUGGUAUGACACUGAAAAUGAAUAUUAUCUACUGCUCUUCACCGUAUCUGUCCGCUGCCUCUUCUGCACUAGCUUCAGCCUGGAGUACUGCUGGCAUGGACCUGCCCAGAAGUCAUCCCACUCGUUCCUUUGGAUGCUGGCAUAUGUGUUUUAUUAUCCCACGUUCCACAACGGACCUCUCAUGAAUUUUGAUGACUUCAGUAAGCAGAUGAGAAAACAAGAAGCCUUCAGUUUGAAGACCAAUCUCAGCAUCUUAAUCUUGGGCAUAAUUCGUAUUUUCUUUUGGUGGUACUUGGCUGAGCUGAUGAUUCACCUCAUGUAUAUCCAUGCACUCUACAGCAGUGCCACACCUUUGGAAGCUGCAUCAUACUGGGCCUUAGGUGGCCUGGCUUUAGCUCAAGUACUCUUUUUUUAUGUGAAAUACCUGGUUCUAUAUGGUGUUCCUGCUCUCCUCCUUCAAAUGGAUGGACUCAAACCUCCGGCUCUGCCUUGCUGUGUGAGCCUGAUGCACAGUUUCACUAAAAUGUGGAGAAGUUUUGACGUUGGGCUACAUCGCUUUCUGGUCAGGUACAUUUAUGUUCCAAUGGGAGGAUCUCAGUCCAGUCUGCGAGGAAUGCUGUUUUCCACAGCCCUUACUUUUGCCUUUGUAAGCUAUUGGCAUGGAGGACAGAGCUAUCUGUGGUACUGGGGCAUGCUUAAUUGGCUCGGAGUAAUUGUGGAAAAUAGUGUCAAGAGGAUACUUUCUAUGUCACUUAUUCAAGGUUUGCUUGAGCGUUACUUCUCACCAAGGCUUCGUCGUCGACUUCAUGCUGUCCUUGCAUCUGUUAGCACUUCAAUGUUGAUUUUAUCAAAUCUGGUAUUUCUUGGAGGAAAUCACGUUGGAAAAAUCUACUGGAACAGGAUCUUUAUGGAAGGGUGGCCCUGUGCGACGCUGACUGUUCUCGGGUUCCUGUACUGCUAUUCUCACGUUGGGAUUGAGUGGGAGCAAACACGUGCUGGCAAUUUGGAGUGAGGCAGAACGAUGAUUUUUUUUCCAGACAGGUUGAUGGCUUUUCUACACUGGAUAUCCCGUCUGCAGAAGGACGUGCCAGACCAAGUCUUUGGUCAAUGGGUUACAACCAAGCUCGUCUAAUUGAUUCUGAACUGUGAAUGCAGGAAUAGGACCAAAAACACUGAUGGGCUGCAGCUGGGGGAAAUGACGAAGCAUUUUGAAUUAUGUUGUUUUUAUAAAACAGCAUCUCUGUGACUCUGUACAUUGGAAGCAUGCGCCUCAGAAUAGGUAUUUUAUGUAUGUUGAAGAUUGAUUUUGUUCCUUCCAAUGUUCUGCUGACUGGUUUGAGAUAUGGAAGAAAAAAAAAAUCAUACCUUGCAGGAUUCAAACAGCUCAAUCUCUUACAGCCUCUGUCCAGGGGCAGACGGGGCUGUGCCCUGCACUUACACUGCUCCAUGAAGGGCACAAUGCUCAUCAAUUCUUCUUGAUUGCUUUCUGAUAUGUUAGAACAUUUUUGCUAUUCUCACUAACUGAAGUAUUUCAGCCUUCAGGUACUUUUCUACCUGUUAUUAAAGAAAAGCAGAUUUUGCUAUGUCUUCAUUUAAAAUUUUGCCUUUAAAACAGCACCCUCUUUUUUUUUUUUGUAGUUUUAAGAAUGGUUUUAUGUCUUUCUUUAAAAAGAGGGAGUAGGGAGGCAGGUCUUGUCUUAGGGAACAGCUUUUCUUUUUAAUCAAAUAUGGUAUUACAGCUCCUUGGGUUUUAAGUGCUCUCUGCCUUGUGUUGGAGCUAAAGACAUAAUAUUACCUUUAUUACAAGGUGACUCCCACCUUCAACGAAACUGUUCAGUCUGCCUCUUGUGUUUUUCUGUUACGAAAGGAGAUUAGCCAGGUCUGGCUGAAUGGUAAGUCUGUUCAGUCUGCUUCAUUCUCUGCUGUCCAGACAUUCAGCUCUUGCAAUAUUAAAGACAUCCUAGGAAUAGCAUUUUAAGACUUAAAAAAAAAAAAAAAAAACCAACAAAACCCACACCCAAAAAAACCCCACAAACCAAACAGAAUGGUCCAAUAGGGUGGCACCAAACUAGCUACAACUCCACAUCCUUUGCCCACCCACAGCCAGAUCUGUACAGCAGCAUCUUUGAUAAAAGAUUGGGUUGCCCAACCCUGGUGUCUCCCAAGCUGUUAUUUUUCAAACUGAAAAGCAGCCAGAAGAUCUUUAUUCUUCCUAAAGUUAGACUUCCCCCCUGAGGCCUGAUGACAGGCCACCAGUUCUGGUGAGGGCUUCUUCCAAGAGCAGCUUCUUGCACACAUAGCAGAAGGACUCCUGUCAAAACUUAUUGUGUGCCUCCUGGCAGCAGUUUCUGCUUGUUGGGAGGCACAGUUAGCAUCCUACUGUCCAUCGCUCCUGCAGCUUCAGCCAGGUCUGACAUAGCUUAUCUUUUCAACAAGAAAUUCAGUCCCUGAGACGGGCUUCAGCUUAGUGCAUUUCUGCUGUCUCUGCUACUUGGAACUAUGUCAGCUUUCUUUUUUCCCUUCAUUUAUUUGUGAAGAAAUAAGGGCAGAGGCUUCAGAUCUACCCAUCUGGAAACAAAUCCCAUCUCUUGCCAUUUCAAAGCAGAAACUACAGCCCUUCAUAUUUAGGGAAAGACUUUUUGCUGCCAUUAUAAUGCUGUGAUUUCCCCUGGAAGUCAUUUCUAGGAGAUACUGUGGGCUGUUGAAAAUGAGACUUACCUUGAACGCUGCCUGGCCAGAGACACGGCCCUCAAGAGUGACUUAACGAUGAUUGCAGGGAUCCUCACAGCCACAAAGAAGUCUGUUGUUCUCAGCCUCUGAAUUAGCUAAAAGGAUCCAAGAUUGGCUUCCAUUUUGGAGUGGAGCUGAGCCAAAGGCAAGAACUUGCUCAAGCUUAAACUUUGUAAUUGUGUAAUUAGCAUCAGCGUAAAAAGUCGUGAGUCUGCUCUUCAGUCUUAUUGAUUACAUUAUUAUGUGAAACCGGGAGCCACCAAGGGCUUAGAUUCCACUUUGUAUGCAUGCAAAACUUCCAGUUCCAAUAUGGAAGUGACCUUGAAGGUCAUCUAGAGUAUGACUAUCUCUGAACUAAGUUUUUUUCAGUGCUUUGUAUAUCUUUCAUGAUUUUGUAUCCUUUUCUGUUUCUAUAAAUAAAGCUGAAACUCAUGGUUGGCUUGA